AUGGAUAUUUUUGUCAAAGGGGUUUCACCUUCUGAAGAAAAGUUCGAUGGUUCCUCGUUGCGAAUUUUAAUAGUGCAUACACGUUGGAAUUACCAGAUCGUAGAAGCGUUAGUUCGUGGUGCCGAGGAAACCAUGAUCUCACAGUACCAGGUGAAACGCGAAAACAUUACUGUUCAGUCGGUUGCGGGCGCCUAUGAACUUCCAUUCACCGCUCAACGUUUGAUCCUGGCUUCCAGAGCCCAGGCUCAAGCUAAUAACGCAAAGAUUUUUGAUGCGGUCAUUUGUAUUGGAGUGCUGAUCAAAGGUGCUACAAUGCAUUUUGAAUAUAUCGCUGAAGCAGUGGCUCAAGGAAUAAUGAGAGUCAGUUUGGAUAAUGGUGUUCCGGUAGUGUUUGGGGUUCUAACUUGUUUAAAUGAUGAACAGGCUUUAGAAAGGGCUGGACUAGGAGAUAAGCCGGGAAAGCACAAUCACGGAAUUGACUGGGGUCAAUGUGCUGUCGAGAUGGCGUGUAAAAAUCGUAGGUGGAUGGAUGGUAUAAUUUAA